GUCAAGAAUAUGACAAAACUGACAAUGCACCGAUUAUAAAAAGCUUGACAUGUUCUAUAAAAGUAUCUUUGUUUUGGAUUGAAUCCAAUUUUGCUGUCCUAUAUGAGGUUACAUAACACUUGAUCUUCUUUCCCUCCUGAUAAACUGUCUCAAGAGUAUGUUACUUUAACUCUAAACUGUUAUCCUGUUAUACUUUGACUUCAAGGUUCAAGAACUUAGCCACUUAGCCAUCAUUUCCUUUCCACCCUGCAACCGGACUAACUUGUCAUACUUUGUGUGUUCACACCGUAGGUGCUUUACGGCACUUGCCCUCAGAAUGACGUAGUAUCACUCAUUGAUCACUGUUCAUGUCCUUUCACUGACUGCAGUCCGUUCAUGUAAACAGUCUUUUGGAACAGAUAUAGCCACGCUGGACUAAAUGUGACCAUGCUAGCUAAUCCUCUUUGCUUCGGUGAUCCCAAAGAGACUGGAGUCCUCUGGGCUUCAGAGGCACAGCAGUGUUUUCUGCCUGAUGAGUGGAAGACCGUGCAACACUAUGGCUGGCAAUUCAAUCUCUUGCUGCUCUAUUUUGAUGUUCCUAUGGAGCCUCUGAAGAACACCGGGCUCUGCAAUGUUCACUGAGAUGAGUACUUUGUUCUAAGCUGCUCAGACUGCAGCAGGACAGUCAUGAGUGCUGACACAGCCAACAGGGUGGAUCUAGACCCCGAUUACCAUUCUGAACUGGCGGACAUGGUAGCAGCUAUGAACAUGGCUGCCAGCAGACUGACCCCUCCUAAUGGAUACAGGACCACCCCACAUCGCCUCAAUCUCUCCGAUCGCAAGCUGUCACUGCAGGAGCGAUCCAGUUACCAGAGUGGCGUCACCCCACGGAUAGCCAGAAGACCCACUAUUGAAUCGAAGCGGGUGUCUAUCUCUGAUGGGGAUGACUGUGUCCAGCUAAACCAGUACAAGUUGAAGAGUGAGAUAGGAAAGGGUUCAUAUGGGGUGGUCAAAUUAGCAUAUAAUGAAGAUGAUGACCAGUAUUAUGCUAUGAAGUUGGUAUCCAAAAAGAAGUUAAUGAAGCAGUGUGGAUUCCCACGGCGACAUCCUUCCAGAGAAUCCAAUGGAUCACAAGAGAAUCUUUUAAAGCACUCUGGCCUGUUGGACCGAGUUUAUCAGGAAAUCGCUAUUUUGAAGAAACUUGACCAUCUUAAUGUUGUUAAUUUAGUUGAGGUUCUUGAUGAUCCGGCUGAGGAUAACUUGCACAUGGUUUUUGAGUUGGUACCUAAAGGUCCAGUGAUGGAGAUCCCUACAGACAGUCCUCUAUCAGAAGAAAUGGCCCAUUUCUACUUCAGAGAUGUCAUCCUAGGAAUUGAAUACUUGCACUAUCAGAAAAUCAUACACAGAGACAUCAAACCCUCCAAUCUGCUGCUGGGGGAUGAUGGACACAUCAAGAUCGCAGAUUUUGGUGUCAGUAAUGAGUUUGAGGGGAAUGAUGCUCUCCUAUCAAACAGUGCAGGAACACCAGCUUUCAUGGCGCCUGAAACUCUGACUGACCAGGACCUGAGAUUCAGCGGAAAGGCUCUGGACAUAUGGGCAAUGGGAGUGACGCUGUUUUGUUUCGUCUUUGGAAGGUGUACUUUUCAUGAUGAAUACAUCUUAGGCCUGCAUGAAAAGAUCAGGACUGCGCCAGUGGAGUUCCCAGACAUGCCUGUGAUCAGUGAUGGGCUGAAGGAUAUCAUUAUCAGAAUGCUGGACAAAGUUCCUGAAACUAGAAUCAUGUUACCAGAAAUCAAGUUGCACCCGUGGGUCACUCUUGAUGGCACGGAUCUUCUGCCUCUGGAGGAGGAGCACUGCACCGUGGUUGAGGUCACUGAGGAGGAGGUGCAGAACUCUGUCAAACUAGUUCCCAGCCUUUCUGCUGUGAAACGCAUCGAUUCGCUACAGGAGGCUACAACAGUUUAG